AAGGAUGCAUUCACUGACAUUUAUCAUAUGAGUAUGGCUGUUGAAUUUCCCAUUGCAUUAUAUGAAGGUCCUUGGUGCAUGGCCCUAGGAUUGGCUGCUAUGAGUCUAAACUACCACCAUCAUUGCAGAGUCACCUGGUACCUUUGAAUAAAUUGAAUCUCGCCAUUCCCUCCACCCAGACCUCUAUCAUUUUUCAAUUACCCAGUUCAAAAUAAGUUCCAGAUUCCCAGUUAGAAUCUGUUGCACUUUGAGGGUUUGGGUAGUGCAGGUUAGACAUAUGGUUGCCCCACAAGAGAAAAACAAGCAACAAUAUACAUAUUAUUUUGCACCAGAACAUCAAUGUAUUGCCUCCUUCAAAAGCAACAGAUAUAGGUUAAUUACAUGCAGUGAUCUAUAUGCAGAAUUUCCAUUUUAAAUCGUGUUAACCCCCUGUGUAUUCUAGGAAAUGCACAACAGGAGUUCCUAAAGCUAGAGGGCAAAUCUAAUAGAACUAAAACUGAACCAAAUGCAAGCUUAUAAACAAGUGCAGCAUCCUAUUGAUUUGGCUUAGAGAUUGAACAAAUGUUUACACAUGUCUGCAGGUCAAUUUGGGUGGAGUAGUGAAUAAAAACUUAGCUGUCUUUGACAUCUGCAUCCUGAAAAUAAACUAAAAGAUCAGAUAAAACAAAAAAGAACUACAGAGAUUUUGUCAGUUAAAUAACUAAUGGGAGGAAAAGAAUGUAUUAAGAUCGCCAUCAUCAAUGAUGGCAUAACCAACAUAAAUUCAAAAGACAAGGCUGAAAUAUAACAAUCACCACACAGAAAUUCUCAAAUGAUUACUAUUCACUGUCUAUACAGUUAACUUCAAUCUCUCCACGUGUAAAAGAAUAAGCUGAGCAUCUAUUUUAAAUACAAUAAUUCCCAUCAUCAAAAAAGCCAUGACAGUCACGUGUUGGAAGCUCCCCAAUUGUUUAUAUGAGUGCAGUUCGAGAAACUCAGUCCAUCUAAGCUAAUUCAACUCAGUCCACCCAAUACAACUCAUAAAAUUCACAAUUUCCAUUAAUUGAAGGUUAAGGGCAUCAGGAAGAUGGAAAUGCCAUUACUUCCAAGUUCCCCUUCAAGUUGUACAUCAUCCUAAUUUGGACCACAAUUGCUUCAAUGUGUGAGCAAAAUCCUGAAAUUGUCUGAUAGAAAUGCUGUGGCCCGGUUACCAGUUGCAAUUCACUUAAGGAUUGUGAAACCUUGCUAGCUGGCUUCCGUAUCUGAAAUUUUUUUUAAGUGCCGUUUGUUCCAACUUUAAAUACUCCAAUAUAGCAAUUUAGCAGUGUGAAUUUUAAUAACUUGUCCAUCUAUGCCAACUUCAGUCCUUCAAUUUAUGGUAAUCUGAACAUCUCAAUGGGUUACUGCCAAGACCAGCAGCCCUUCGUAAUCAACCCAAAACAAUGUCUACAACAGAUACUCUGGUCAGAUUCAGUGAACACUGGGAGUUAUAUUUAACAGGAGAUGUUUAUUACCAGAAUUAAUGAAGAACAAUUAAUUGCUGUUCUGUUGUUUAAUUGUCCUAAGUGUUCCAAAUCUUGAUGUCACAGUGUUAUAUGGUUAUGUCAGAUGAACUGCAAAGUACAGCUAAAAUUGAAGAGAUAACAUUAUAAUAUUAUGUGAUGUCACAAUUGCCUAAAGCAUUUGUAACUGAUGCCAUAUAAUACAUCACUUUGUGUCACCUGUGGUGUUUGGGGACCUUAAAGUACAGCCAACACCACUGCCACCAUGGAACAAUGCAUGUUUUAUUUUAUCUUGUUUUCCAUUCUCAUUACUUUGCCUUCAGGUUGGACAGAAACUGAGAAUGCAACAACCAAUCUUCCACCUACAUCUGCUGCAGUGGAAAUAAUUAUCAAUGAACUUCCUACUUCAUCAGUUACCACUUCUGCUACAGUUACUUCUUUCGCUUCCAUUCGUUCUUUGUCCCCAAAUACCACUAAGUCUGUGGCCGUUACUGAUAGGAAGUACAGAUCUGACAAACCGGUUCCAAGAAUGAAUAAAGAUCUAACUGAAGAUUGUGACUGCUCGUUUAUGGUGACGGAGGGGAAUGAGAGAGCUGUUGUAGCAGUACUUGGUCUGCUCUCUCUGCUCUGCAUCAUUACCACUGUUGCAGGAAUUGUGCUUCUCUUAUACCCACGUCUUCUCCACAACUGCCUUCAAAAGCUAUUUUGCAGUUCUGUGCCUAUUGAUGACACAAUGUAUUCAGACACCGAUGGAGUAACUGACUUCUGUCACAUUUACAGUUCUGGGCCUCCUGACGAAUAUCCAUUUGAAGAAAAAGAUAAUGGAGACACCAGCACAGCAAUGCAUAGGCCAGGGUCGGAUGAACAAACUUGGCCUGAUCAAGAAUACUACAGACAGAGACAUAACAUUGAUAACAGGAAGGAGAACAGAUCACAGUCUCCUUCUCGAAAUAGCAGAACCUUUGAGCCAUCUGAUACAUCGAUCAAAAUGUCUCCUCGAAAUAGCAGAACCUUUGAGCCACUUGAUACAUCAAGCAACGUGCAUGUUUCCAGGCCAUUCACUCCUGGACCUCCUGAAGAAGGCUUGUUUGGCGGGCAGAAUAUUGAUUCAAAUGGUCUGCCAAUGUGUAGGGAUGUUCUGUCGCCCUCACAAUUCCCCAACCGAAUUUGGCUUGAUCAAGACAACUGCAGACAAAGUUAUGUAAUUGACACAAAUACGCAAGAUGACAGAUCACCAACGACACAGUCACCUAUAUUACGGUUGCCACCAAGUUCAAGUCCCAUGUCGAUUAAAAGGGAGUUAUCACCAUUGCAUGAUACGGUUCUGAGAAAGCCUUCACCUUUAAUGCUUGAUAAAAAUAUGAAGGAGUCUCCAUCUACUGAUAUGAUGAGAGCAUCUCCGUCUAGACGUAGUCCAACCUAUGGUUUUAGCUCGGAUGUACCUGUAUUACCAUUUUCUACAUCAUGUUUAAGUGCAAGUAGUAGGAUAUGUGCUAACUAUCAUCCUUUACAGAAACUACACCUUGAAGGCCCAGAGUAUUAUCCAGAUGCAGCUAGAUCAAGGAAUUUUCAAGGUGAAAGAUCAAGGAAUUAUCAACCAGUAGAAAGAUCAAGAACUGACAAUCAAUUUAAUCCACAGAGAAGUUUCCAGUCAGCACGAAUAUCAAGCCUUGGAACACAUAUUCUGAUCUGCCCAUUCUGUACAGUACUGUGCGAGUGCUGCAUUCUUGAAGAUGUCUCCUCUGGGGAAGAAAGUUCACACUAUGAAGAAGAUGAAACGGGGGAUUCCUGGUGGGCUGAUAAUGAGACUGAUGAAAGAUCCAGCCAUCACAUACUUCCGAGUGAUAUUCAUACACCUCCUGGACAAAGUAACUUGAACUUGAGCAGGAGAAUGUCUGGGGAUACAACCGGAAUAGGCAGUAGCCUAUCUCUCAUUGAUCAUGGACUUCAAAGUGACUACUCCAACAGAAUACAGAAUGAAUUGCAGCCUAUCAGUGCAAUGCAAGUGCCUUCACAACAUCAAAGUGACUACUCUAACAUCAGGCGGAGAGAUGCGCCGUCUCUUAGUGCGCCUUCACAAAUUCAAAGUGACUACAGGCGGAAAGAUUCGCUGCCUCUCAGUGAAAUGCAAGCGCCUUCACAACAUCAAAGUGAUUACUCUAGCAUCAGGCGGAGAGAUUCGCUGCCUCUCAGUGAAAUAAAAGCGCCUUCACAAAUUCAAAGUGACUACAGGCGAAAAGAUUCACUGCCGCUCAGUGAAAUGCUAGCGCCUUCACAACUUCAAAGUGACUACUCCAGCAGAAGGCAGCAACAAUCGCAGCCUCUCAGUGAAUUUCAAGCACCUUCACAACAUCAAGGUGAUUACCCUAGCAUCAGGCUGAGAGAUUCGCUACCUCCCAGUGAAAUAAAAGCGCCUUCAGAAUUUCAAAGUGACUACAGUAGGCGGAAAGAUUUUCUGCCUCUCAGUGCCUCUAGUCCUUCACCGUCUGGCAGAGAGAGGAAAUCAAGCCUGAAAAGUGUACCAGAGUUGAGUACAUCACACAUUUCUGAAAUGGUUACAGCCCCAGAAGAAUUUGAAGAAACGUAUGUUGAAGAAAGUGUUGAUGAAUUCUUUACUGCAAGAUCGUUCAAUGAUUUAUCUUUAAAUUAGAAUUUUGCAAAAACGAAGAAGUGGUAGACUACAACUGGCAGUGGCAAUCUGAGGUUUCAAGCAAAGAAUAAAUAGUUACAUUUCACCUCUGACAAUUUGCCUGCGUUUCUAUUCUGGUGAAGGCUCGUGUCGUUUUUCUUAGAUGGGGUUCUUCGCAGAUUUUGGAGCUAAUUUAUAAUAAUUCCACUUCAUUUGUAUUUAUUUCCAGUCCUCUUCCUAUUUCAGUAUCUGUAUUGUCCAGCACAAAUAUCACUUCUGUCAUUGGAACUCGAAAGAUGCUUGCUUGUGGUUUAACAAUGGUGACAAAGAUAAUAGUGGUUUUAAACUCAGGCUGAGGAAUUUCCAGACAUUACACUGAGCUCUGGUUGGUGUAUCCAAGAGCCUUUUGUGGUAAUCGGCAUAAUUGAAUAUAGAAUGUAAAAACAUCAGAAAACAACAAAGCAUGUGUGGUUACACAAGACUGUAGAUAGUGUCUACUAUCUGGAACAAAAACAAACUGCAGUAAGUCAGAAACAAGGCAGGUAGUAACAAUGGAGGCAGAGGUUGAUGUUUUGGAUCAGAUGGAGACGGUGGCUGGUGAGUGAUUGGUAUAGACAGAUAAUGAGGG